AUGGAAGAAGAAGCGUUCUCCUCGUCGCUCUGCUGGAGCGUGUCAGAGCGCCGUUACUACCAAUCUCCGUUCAGCACGGCGACGCGCAUGUCCGACGCGCUCUUCGAGCGCAUCCAGCGCUACACCAAGACACACGCCGCGUGCACCGGUGCCGUCGCCGAUUGGCCGGCCUUCUUCAACGAUCCUGCGCAGGGGCUCAGCAACAGCAGCGGGGCAGCCGAUGCGACUGUAGACUGCAAGUACUUGCUGUGGCUCGAGCCCACGUUUAACGGCCUGGGAAAUCAACUGCUCUCGCUCGUCUCUGCCUUCGUAUACGCCCUUCUCACCGACCGCACGCUGCUGAUCAGCCCUGCAGCGUUCAACGCGCGUCUCCUCUGCAACCCCUUCCCCCACUCCUCCUGGCGCCCAUCCUCGCUAUCCUCUGAAGACUUCGAUCUGAUGGCAGCAGUGGCGCGGAAUCACAUGGUGGGGCGCAUGGUGGGGAUGGACGAUGGGGCGAGAGGGGGAGACGAGGAGCAGAGGCACCCCAAUGCGGCCUUCAGCGACCUCAGCUGCAGAGCCAACGUCUCAGAUCUCGCAUUUUACUGUUCCAAGGUGCAGAAGCAGAUCUCGGCCGUCCGUUUCCUGGGGCUCAAUACAGAGGAAUACAUCCUGCCAGCCCUCUACCUCGUCCCUGAAUUCGAUGCUGAGUUGGAGCUUUUAUUCCCCGACCGCCUGCCGUUGAUGCACGUGGGACGCUACCUGCUGCACCCCGCCAACUACCUCUGGGAGGAAAUCACCCGCGCCUUCCGAGCCUACCUCGCCCCCUACCAACACAGGGUCGGCAUCCAGAUCCGGGACUUCACCACGGAAACUGCCGAUGAGCCGCACGUGAUUCAGCGCACGAUGCAGUGUGCUGUGAAUAUAUCCAAGGGGCUGCCUCCCCUGAUGGAGCACACACGGUGGAAGAGCAUUAUGAAUGAAGAGGUCGCCCCGACUGCAGUGGAGCAGCAGUGGCUGGAUCAACCACGAGACAAAGCCUAUGAAAGCAGCAGCCCACGCAGCAUAGGCGUCCUGAGCCACGAGUCGGGGCAGACGUAUGGAGAGGAGAGACAGCUGGAGCUGGCUCUGAAGGAGAUGUGGCUGCUUUCCAUGUGCGACCUGCUGCUGGUGAGUGACAGCUCCACCUUUGGCUACAUGGCCGCAGGGCUGGCGGGAGUGAGUCCCUACUCGCUCAACAUCGUGCGGCGCAUGGGCGCCGACUGGGACGUCAACGGGCGGCCCGAGUGUGAGGUCACCACGCCCGAGCCCUGCUACCUUUCCAUGCUGGAGCCCCAGCAGCAGCAGAUUCAGUGCCCCGGAGAGCCUCCCAAAUCGCCUGUAGAAAUGUCCCCCAAGGUCAAAUACUGCCCACACUACAAGAUAGGAAUCGCGUUGGACGUUCCAAACCCCAAGCAGUACGAGACAUUCAAGAGGUCAUAA